AUGUCUCCAAUAAUCCUUGUAACACUAGUGUUAUUUCAAGUGUAUCAAUUAGAAGCAGCCCGAAUAUUGGGGGUAAUUCCAUCAGCUGUUAGAAGUCACCAUAUUCCUUUUCAACCGUUAUGGAGAGAACUUGCUCUAAGGGGUCACGAAGUCACAGUUAUAACUACAGAACCUCUAAACAAUUCUUCUUUAGAAAAUUUAAAAGAAUUGGAUAUAAGUUACUGUUACGAAAUAUAUAAGAAACAUAAAGUUGUCGAAGCUAUGGCUAGCGAAAAUAAUAGUUACUAUGAUAUCGCUGCCGUAUUUAAAAAAGCUUUCGUAGAAUGCCAUGAGUAUUUGCUCUCUUCACCAGGAAUACAAGAACUAAUCCAUAAUAAGGAUAUCAAAUUCGAUUUGUUGAUCGCUGAAGCACAACUACCUACAAUGUUUGCGUUUGCCUGGAGAUUUAAGUGCCCCAGCAUUGCGAUAGCAUCCCUGGAACCAGCUCUACAGUUCCACGACUCUCUUGGAAAUCUAGUCCAUCCCUUGAUUAGCCCGGAUCCCAAUUUAAACAUAGAAGAUGAUUUAAAUAUGAGUUUUAUGGACAGGGCUAAAAGUUUCUUUUAUAUUUUACUUUAUAAGCAUUUAGUUUACAACAAAGCUUAUCCUUCAUAUGAUGUUCUUAUGAAGAAAUAUUUCGGUGAAGAAUUACCUACCUUAAAAAGUAUUCAAGAUGAUAUAAGUAUAAUGUUAGUUGGCUCAAAUCCAUUGUUUAAUAGUAUGAGACCAACGAAUUUGAACACUAUUUCGGUUGGAGGGGGCAUGCAUGCUCAACCUUACAAAAAACUACCUGCUGAUUUACAAACAUUUUUGGACGAAGGUGAAGAGGGCGUAAUCUACUUCAGCUUGGGCAGCAAUAUUAAUUUAAAUUUACUAACUGACAAUUUCAAGAAAGCAAUCGUAGAGGCGUUUGCAGAAGUUCCAUACAAGGUUUUGCUGAAAAUGGACGGCCAAUUAAAUAAUGUAUCGAAAAAUGUCUUAGUGAGAAAAUGGAUGCCACAGCAAGAUAUUUUCAGACACAAAAAUAUUAAGUUAUUCAUUACUCAAGGUGGUUUGCAAUCUCUACAAGAAUCCGUCUUAAAUGGAAUACCCCUGAUUGGAAUUCCCUUUUUUGGAGAUCAAUUUACAAACGUAAACAAAAUGGUCAAAAAAGGAUAUGGAUUAAAAAUUGAUCGAAGUACGAUUACCAAAAAUGCACUUGUUACGGCAAUCAAGGAAGUCAUUCAGAAACCCAAAUAUACGGAAACCGCCCAGAUGAUGGGUAAAAUAUUUAGGGAUGAAGAAAUUCCUAGUCUGCAGCGAGCCGUUUACUGGACAGAGUACGUCAUCAGACACAAAGGAGCGAAACACCUUCGCAGUCCUACAGUUGAUAUGCCAGCUUGGAAAUAUUAUAUGUUGGAUGUUGUCGGGUUCUUAGCCUUUAUUUCCUUACUAAUAAUCGUAUUAAUAUAUUUAUUGAUAAAAGUGUUCAUUAGGCUAGUAAUUUAUAUUUUUGCACGGUUGUUUGGUAAGAGGAAACCUAAAAUAAAGAAAAAUUAAGGUUAGUUUUAUUAAGUUUAGUCAUGGAAUUAGAAGGUAGGGAGACACUAUAAGCAUCUUUUUCAAACAUUCAAAACGGUAUCACUGGACGCGGCUAUUGCCAUGUUGCCAAUCAAAAUAUGGUCAUUUUAAAAUAUAUCUAUAACAAUAUAUUUAGCAAAUAAUUUGAUCAUGCUCAGUAUCGUCUAGCACACUAUCGUAACUUUCUGAUGAAGGAUACGUCAAAAGCUUUAUUCGCGAUUCAAACUAAGUGAUACGCCCACGAUUAGCUG